AUGGCAUCGCAAAGUCAACCCUCAGUACCCGCCUUGCCGGUACCGACUGCUCCGCCGGGUGGCGAGCCUCGCUUUGAGCCUGUUGUUCAAAACCAGUCCACAUUUGAAGAGAUGAUAGAUUAUAUCGUCGAAACCCGCCGGGGCCUGCGCGCCCGCGAUUCAGAACUCUCUGGUGAGUGGAUUAUCGGCUUCCACUGGCAGACAGACCAGGCAAGCGCCGUAGACUUCCUUUCCAGACGACUCGAUGGCAAGUUGGUGGAGCUUUCCGAGCCGACACUCCGCCGAUUGGAGUACGAUUACGAAUCCCAGAGGGUCUAUAUCGACAUUAUGGGCGACUCUAAAUUGCACUUGAAGGCUCAAAUGGAUCUCCGCGACGAGAUCAAGAACCAGAUUCUCGUGUGGCGUGCCACCACUAUUGAUACAAGAGUUCGAGACUUGCUCCAGUCAAUCAAAGAACAAGGGACAGCCGUCAUCGAGUACGGCAACAAGCUUUUAUCGACAGCCUGA